AUGGGUAGAUUCAGCUUGCGCCCCUCAAUGGGAUCCCGCCCUCAAUCGGCCGUGUUCGAAAAGUCUAGUCGUCCUUCCUCUGGCGUCUUCUCAUCUUCCUCACGACCAUCAUCUGGUGUCUUCGAUGGCGCCUACAUCCCAAGAUCGGAUGCGUCUGAUACCGGCAACCGUGAAAUUGCCGAANCUCGCUCAAGAUCUCAAGACCAAGCCGAGCAACACAAACAACACAACCUCGACAACUUUGUACAAAUCCUCACUCACCUCAAUGGCCUCCCUGCCACGCUCGAGCACAUGGGCCAGAUGCCUGACAUCGUCACUCUGAACCAAACCAUCGGCCGACAGUCGCAACAGAUCGCAGACCUCGAGGCACGUCUCGCAGCUUCCGAAGCCGCGCACAAGGAAGAGUCGGCAGCCCACAACAGCACAAGAGAACACGCCACACAGCUCAAAGCAAACUGCAACUCCAAGGACGAACGCAUCGCUCACCUCAAGUCUCUGCUCGAAAACAUCGACCAAGACGUCAAGGACGCUCGCGGCGCCCUCGAGACCAAAGAUCUGGAAAUGUCGACGUUGAAGACUGAACUCUCCAAGAUGAACUCGCUCGUCGCCUUCCAAGAUCAAGAACACGCCGCACUCAGUGACUCCAUCACAGCCAAGGACGACGAGAUCAAGCAAUUGCACGAAGGACUCGCUGGCAAUGACGCCGAGCUCGCACACACAAAGACAGUCCUCGCGCAACUGGACGCGCAGAUCGAGUCCAAAAACCAAGAACUGCACUCCCUGCGCACCGCCAACGAGCUGACCUUCCGCCAACUGCUCGAGUCCCAGACAGCAAGCAUGGAACACCUGUUUCAACAGCAAAGCCACACCACCGAUGCCUUGACCCAGCAAAUCGUCGAGUUGAAGCAACAAAUCCGUCUGCAGCAACAUCUCGAGACUCCCAAUACUCCCCCUGCCUCUAAUCCCGUCAGCCCUGCCGUCUCGACUGCAAGCGCAAGUUGGGGUAUGCCUGGCUUUGGCGUGUUUGGCGGCAAGAAGCCCAGGGCACAUAAGCGUUCGCAGAGCCAGAUUGUCAUCAAGGCCNCCCACAAGUUCGAUGUUCCUGUGCCUACCAUGCUUUGA